AUGGACAUCAUCAUCAAACAGGUAUUAUUACUUGUGAUUUUCACAGUUUCCGUCUCAGAUGCAAGGGGUCGACGGAUCAAUAUAUAUGGUGCUGAAAACGGGCAUAGUGAUAUUGUACAAUUACGGGGUAAUAUGGCAGCGAAUCAACAGGUUUUCAACUCGCCGAUACGGGAAAGACGACCCACUCUCCGAAACGCACUUUUAUCAAAUUCCCCAUUAAAAUGGAGCAAAAUGCAAGAUUCGGACGGAAACUACGUGAUUCCUUUUGUGAUUUCUGGAAACUAUGAUUCCCUCGAACGAAAAAUCAUAAAAAGUGCAAUGGAGAAGAUCGCACAAAAUACAUGUAUUCGAUUAAUUCCUCGAACUAAUCAACCGGAUUAUGCGGAAAUUUUGAAUAAGAAGGGUCAAGGAUGCUACGCAAGUAUCGGUCGUUUUCCCGGGAAGAAUGUGGUGAUGUUGGAGAGCAAUGACGAUCAAUCAUGCAUCCAAGAAGAUACAGUAAUCCAUGAGCUAUUCCACGUCAUCGGAUUGUGGCAUGAACAUAUGAGAGCAGAUAGAGAUGCGUUCAUUAAUGUGAUGUAUAAGAAUAUUGAGCCAGCUCAAUAUCCGCAAUUCGAGAAGUUGUCAUCGAGGGAUGCCACCACUUACAACGUUCCAUAUGACUAUAAAUCAGUGAUGCAUUAUGAUGAGACAGCGUUUGCGAAACCCGGAAAGAUUAGUAUGAUGACGAAGGAUUCGAAAUUUCAGAAAGUAAUCGGUCAUCCACGUGACGCCUCUUCCAACGAUUACAAGAAAGUGUGUGCAAUCUAUCACUGCUCGAAGUGUAUGAAUCAAGAUUUCGAUCAACUUGUUAUCAGAGACAAUAUAGAUCUCCGCAAUCCAGUCAUCACUAAUCCCCCAGUAAAACAGGGAGACUCAUCCUCUGAUUGCACUGAUCGAUUAGGCAUCUGUCCAAUGCUGAAAUCAAGAGAAAUGCUCAAUUGUAAAGUGAUGUCAACGUUCUGUUGUUCGAGUUGUUCUGCUCCGACAUCAACCACUACAACCACCUCAUCGACACCUUCUGAUUCUUCGCUGUGGCAGAGGAUUAAAUCGAUUUUUCAGUGA